CUUCGGGCACCCAUGCAGGACUUCUCUUCCCAGGUGCACGCGAGGAGCUUCGAGCCCUGGGAGCAGGGGCCCACGGAGAUGGAGGCUGAGCAGGAGCUGCGGUGGCUGGAGUUGGGCUCCGAGGAGGCCCAGGGAGCCAGAACGCAGGGGCCUAGCAACCCAGGGGCCUGGGGACACCUGCUGAGGGCCGUCUGGAGUGGCCACAUGGGCCUAGUGACAAAGCUGCUGCGGCAAGGGGCCAGCCUGGAGGAGAGGUGAGGGGCCCUGAGGCCCCAGAGGAGUGUGAGGAGGGCCAUGGUAGUGCAGAGCUGGCUGCCCUGUCCCGCCCCUGGGGGGCUUCUCUCUGCAGCGCAGCGCCCAGUUGACAGACCCCCCCUCCCGUCCCCAUCCCCUGCAGGGACGGCUCGGGCAGAACCGCGCUCCAUCUAGCGGUGCUGCGGGGCCACGUGCCCUUCGUGCGGCUGCUGCU